AUAAGCUAAAAGAAUGGCCCCCGCUGUCUGCUAAAGAAUGCGAUGUUCUUGGGUGCUGAUGUAACUCAUCCAUCGCCAGAUCAGCGUGAGAUCCCCAGUGUGGUGGGUGUUGCCGCCUCCCAUGAUCCAUUCGGGGCUUCAUAUAACAUGCAAUAUCGCUUGCAACGCUCGACCUUGGAGGAGAUAGAGGACAUGGAGUCGAUAACUCUUGAGCACUUGCGUGUCUAUCAUCAGUUCCGGAAAUCCUAUCCCGAGCACAUUGUCUAUUAUCGUGAUGGCGUGAGCGAUGGUCAGUUUCCCAAGAUCAAGAAUGAAGAGUUGAGGGGAAUUUCUGCGGCCUGCAGCGAGAUGCGCAUUAAUCCCAAGAUUUGCUGCGUCAUCGUAGUUAAGCGGCAUCAUACACGCUUCUUUCCGAACGGAACUCCAUCGCAAUACAACAAGUUUAACAAUGUAGAUCCGGGAACGGUCGUCGAUCGCACCAUUGUCCAUCCCAAUGAGAUGCAGUUCUUCAUGGUCAGCCAUCAGUCGAUUCAGGGGACGGCCAGGCCGACGCGUUACAAUGUGAUUGAGAAUACGGGCAACUUGGAUAUAGACUUACUGCAGCAAUUAAUAUACAAUCUUUUUCACAUGUUUUCCCGUUGCAACCGCGCAGUGUCUAAUCCGGCUCCGGCAUAUUUGGCACAUUUGGCUGCGGCACGUGGACGUGUCUAUCUCACUGGCUGCACCAAGUUCCGCACUCCAAAGGAGGAAUACGCAAAGCGGUUGAUUGUUCCAGAGUUCCUGAAAACGAACCCCAUGUAUUUCGUGUAGGCAGAACAGUAAAUACGGUUACAGUUACCCUUUUGCCAAUAAGAAUUUAAUUCAAACAUCAUUAUUCUUUAUUAAUUUUUUAUUUUAUCACAUUUCUUGAACCAUAAUCGUAUAUAUCAUAUGUAAAGGGCACACUCUACUGCUUUCAUUAGGAGCUUCGAUGUGAAUGACGUCUUUAGUGGCUCUCCAGCUGGAGAGGCGCGUGGAAAUUCUUGUCACUGAGAAUCACGACUACAAGGAGCGCCUCGAGUCGCUGGAGGAGACCAAUGCCAAUCUACUUAGUCAGCUGCACAAAUUGCAGGCCCUAGUUGGCAAGCACAAUGUGAAAAAGUCCUAGGCCAGGGACCCAGGACGUGUGCCGGUUCCGUUUCUUGUUUGCCCGCCUUCCCGAAAUACCUAUGUAUAUAUCUAUACCUAUUUACCUAUACCUACACCUAUACCUAUAACUACAUAUGAAUGUAUAUGUAUAUAGAUAUCUAUACAUUUUUUUUUGUAUUUUUUGUUCCGCCUAUUACUUCUGAAGUUUUCUGUGAGAGUUUUGAAGAAUUUAUAAGACUUGCGCUGUU